AUGGAUUCUGCGUUGAAGAGUGGUAGCUCUGCUACUCUUUCCUUGCUUACCUUUGGCAACUUGAUUCUUGUCCUCGUGGGAUACUUCUUCGCUCGCGUGGUAUAUCAGAUUGUUCAUUACAGAUGGUUUCACCCUCUGUCCAAAUUUCCUGGCCCGUUCUGGGCAAGCGUAACAAGAUUAUGGAUUGCAUACCACAAUCUGAAAGAAGACGAGCACCUCGUUUGCCUCGAGCUCCACAAGAAAUAUGGUCCCAUUAUCAGAGUCACUCCUACUCUCCUGCUGGUCAGCGAUGCCACCAAGUUACCUGAGAUCUACCAUCGUUAUGCAGACAAGUCGAAACACUACAUCACCGGAAGUUUUGGAAAUGUAGAGUCUUUGUUCAACAUGCAGGACUCGAAGAUGCAUGCUCGUUUCAGAAAAGUUGCUGCUGGAUCUUACAGCUUCUCGAACAUCAAAAAAAUGGAACCAUUGAUCGAUCUACGCAUCAACGACUGGAUCAACGAACUCCGAACUCGCUUCGCAAACACUGGUGAAAGGCUGGAUCUUGCCCCUUGGGCUGUCUACAUGGCAUACGAUGUCAUCUCCGAAGUAGGUUUUGGUGCUCCCUUCGGCUUUAUAAAAUCUGGCUCGGAUGUAGCUGGUUUGAUCAAAGGCCUGCAUGAAGGUCUUGUUCCUUUUGGACUCAUGGCUCGUUUAUAUCCUUUUACUGGUUGGAUCAAGCGUACGGCUUUUGGAGACAAGUAUCUUGUUGCUAGACCGGAGCAAGAGACUGGUAUUGGAACGCUUAUGCGCUUUCGUGAUAAGUUGAUUGAGCAGAGGAGAAAGGAUAUCGAGGCUGGCAAUACAAAUGGCAGGAUUGAUCUAUUACAGACCUUCAUUGACGCCCGCGACGAAAAAGGCGAACCCUUGGAUCCCGAAUACAUCAGAGCCGAAAUCCUCCUCGUGCUUCUCGCAGGCGCAGACACCACCGGCACAGCCUUCCAAGCCUUGAUGCGGGACAUCCUAACUCACCCUUCCGUCUACAAAACUCUAAUGGCCGAACUCGACGCCGCAACAGCAGCUGGACACCUCUCCACAAUGCCCCAAUACUCCGAAGUCGUCGAACACUGUCCCUUCUACAUCGCCUGUAUCAAAGAAUCAAUGCGCCUAACUCCCUCAGCACCAAACAUCUUCCCGCGCAUGGUGAGCAAAGGCGGAAUGAACCUUUUCGACUCCCACAUCCCAGAAGGCAUGGAAGUGUCUUGUAAUCCCUACAUCGUCCAUCGCGACCCUGCAAUCUACGGUCCCGAUGCCGAUGUUUUCCGUCCUUCACGCUGGCUCGAAGACGACGAAAAGACAAAGCUGUUCAAUAAAUACAGUCUUGGGUUUGGAUAUGGUGCGAGAGGAUGUUUGGGUAAAGAGAUUGCGAAUAUGGAGUUGUACAAGGCGCCAUUGCAGUUCUUGAGGACGUUUAGAUUGGAGGUGGAGAAUAAAGAGAUGCCGGGAAAGUAUGUGUAUAAGGGUGGGUUGAGCUAUUUCACGGAUAUGUGGAUGAAGAUUGAGGAGAGGGAGAUUGUUGAGAAGCAGUGA